AUGGCUGAGGCUACUCAAGAUCCCAUAAUCACAGAGAGGUUGAUCCUCCGCAAAUUGCAACCAUCAGACGCAGAUGCCGUUUUCAACAUGAUGCUCACACCUGCCACAAUGCAAUACACAACUCGUGCACCACUCACAGAACUCCACCAAGCAUCAACCUACCUCUCCGAACGCUCCGGCCCUUCUAUGUUCGGCGUAUGCCUCAAACCCAUUUCUAGCACACCAGAAACCCUCAUCGGCAUCCUCGGCAGUGUCACAUUUCCAGAGAUCGGGUACAGGUUCUCUCCCUCCCAUGCCGGAAGAGGAUAUGCCACGGAAGCACUAUUGGCAUUCACACCCGCAUUGUUCAAAAUGAUGCCUGCAGAGCAGAAAUUCGCAGUCGCCCGUGUGGAUGUGGAGAACGUGAGUAGUUUGAAGUUGUUGGAGAGGUGUGGAUGGACGAGGGGAGAGGUGGAGGAGAGGGCUUAUACGAGUGCGUUGCUGGGGGUGAGGGAUGACGUGUGUUUUAGGAUUGCUAGGGAGGGCUAUAGGUUAGAAGAUGUGCUGGGUCAAGAGGAGGAUGAUGGACCUCUUGUGCCUGACUUGCAAUGAACCGCGACCUGUCGUAGAACGGAAUGAAACAGGUUUAUUAACGUUAUAGACAAGCACAAACACAUCAAAGCCCC